AUGGGGGUGCCGAGCGACGACGCUGUGUUGAUCCAGAAAGGGAAGAAACUGGGUGAGCCAUAUGUAAUAACGGUGAAUUGUCCGGACAAGACUGGCCUUGGCUGUGAUAUAUGUCAUAUUAUUCUCGAAUUCGGACUCUACCCUACCAAAGCAGAUGUUUCAACAGAUGGGAUAUGGUGUUAUGUAGUAUUGUGGGUGAUCCCUCAUCCCAGCUCACCUUUUGUGAAAUGGGCGAAUUUGAAAGAGCGGCUUCUGUCAGUAUGUCCAUCAUGUACAACAUCAAUUUAUUGGAACCCACCAUCUCCACGACCCUCAUCUUCACCCAUUUACCUGCUGAAGUUUUGUUGUUGCGAUAGGGGGGGAUUAUUACAUGAUGUUACUCGAGCCCUUGAUGAGCUUGAGCUAUCAAUUCAAAGAGUAAAAGUGACCACAACACCGGACGGGUGUGUUCUAGACCUCUUCUUCAUCAGAGAUAACUUGGAGCUCUUACACACGAAAGAGAGACAAAAUGAAACUUGCGAGCAGUUGCAUGCAGUUCUCGGUGAAUCAUGUAUGAGUUGUGAACUACAGUUAGCAGGCCCUCAAUACGAUAAUCUUCUGGGUAUAUCUUCUACGUCUUCCGUUGUCGCUGAAGAGUUAUUUAGAUGCACACUAUCGGAUAAGGAAAUUCGCUCACAGGCUCUUAGCCCAGAUGUCAGAGAGUUGAAGAAAGCUAGUGUGAUUAUUGACAAUUCAUUGAGUCCAUCUCAUACAUUGCUUCAGAUCAACUGUGUAGAUCACAAGGGUUUUCUUUAUGACAUCAUGAGGACAUUGAAAGACUGCAACAUUCAGAUAGCAUAUGGUCGAUUUUCAACAGUCCAGAAGGGUCACCGAGAACUAGACCUAUUUAUUCGGCAUCAAGAUGGGAAGAAGAUAGUGGAUCCCGAGAAGCAAGAAGCACUAUGCUCCCGUCUAAAGCUGGAAAUGCUUCAUCCACUACGUGUUGUUAUCACAAAUCGUGGUCCAGAUGCAGAACUUUUGGUCGCUAAUCCAGUGGAGCUCUCUGGAAGGGGUAGACCACGAGUUUUUUAUGAUGUUACUUUUGCCCUAAAGAGUCUCGGGAUCUGCGUAUUCUCGGCGGAAAUUGGAAGGCAUUCAGCAGCAGAUCGAGAAUGGGAGGUCUACAGAUUCCUUCUAGAUGAAAACUGCACAUUUGAACUUUCAAGUAUGGUUGUCAGGAGUCAGAUUGCAGACAAGGUUAGAAGAAUACUGAUGGGCUGGUAA